AUGGCUAUUAAAAAGCCAAUUAAUGUUAAACAAUUAUCAGAUAAAUUAGGAGUUCCAAUUUUACCUGAUGAUCCAGGUACAAUUUUUCAUUUACAAGAAAGAUUAGGUAAAGGAUCUUUUGGUCAAGUUUUUAAAGCGGUUCAUAUAGUUGAUGGUAAAGUUGUAGCUAUUAAAAUUAUAUCGUUAGAUGAUCAAGAAGCAAUCAAAGAUGUACGUAAAGAGAUUUCAAUUCUUGCAGAAUGUAAUGAUAGAAAUAUAGUUCAAUAUUAUGGUAGUUAUUUCAAGGAUCACCAAUUAUGGAUCGUCAUGGAGUAUUGUGGAGGUGGUUCUAUCUCUGAUUUAUUACAAGUUAUCGAUACUAUCUCUGAAGAUGAAAUCGCUUUAAUCUGCAGAGAAGCUUUAAAGGGUUUAAGCUAUUUACACGAAUUCAAAAAAAUUCAUCGUGAUAUCAAGGGUGGAAAUAUAUUAUUAAAUGAUUCUGGUGAAGUUAAAUUGGCUGAUUUUGGUGUUUCUGCACAAUUAUUUAAUACAUUUUCAAAAAGAAAUACAUUUGUUGGUACACCUUAUUGGAUGGCUCCAGAAGUUAUUCAAGAAAAUAAAUAUGAUGGAAAGGCUGAUAUAUGGUCAUUGGGUAUUACUGCAAUUGAAAUGGCAGAGGGAUUACCACCAAAUGCAAAUGUUCACCCAAUGAGAGUUAUUUUUAUGAUUCCAAGAGAAGAGUCACCCGGAUUAUCAGAAAAAGAUCUUUGGUCUCAAAAAUUUCAAGAUUUUCUCAGCAAGUGUUUAACUAAAGACCCAUCAGAACGUCCAACCGCAAAAGAAUUAUUGGAUCAUGAAUUUAUUCAAAUAAAUAAGCCAAUUUCGAUUCUUGCUGAUCUUGUAGAGAAAUGCAAAAAUCUUUUAAAUAACUCUGUUUUUGAUGAUGAAGACGAAGAAGAGUAUAGCACAUUUGUAGAAAAGAAAACUAGCGACGAUGAAAAAGAAGAAAAACACUCCAACGGUGCAUCAAAUACAACCAAUAGUAGUGGCACUGUUAAUAUCUACUCAACUGUUAUAACUAAAGAUGAUGUAGAUACUGACUCUGAAAAGUAUUCAACCGUAAUCACCAAAGAAUCAAAAGACGACGAUGAAGAUGAUCCAAGUAAAUAUUCAACCGUUGUAACAAAGGAAGAUAUAGUCGAUGAGGAAUCAUCCGAUGAUCAGUUCUCUACAGUUGUAACAAAAAACAUUUCAUCACCCACAGCAAAUAGAAGAAAAGGUAAAUCAACACCUUCACCAAAAUCUUCACCAAAAACCUCACCCAUUUCAGAAUCAAUAACCAAUGGUAUUAGUAAUAACAAUCAAAUCAAUAAUAAUAAUAAUGACGAUAAGAAUAUUGUAAAUAAAAUUCAACAACAAACACCUUCAAAAACACCUUCUUCUCCAACUAUAACAAAUAUAACACCUCAUAAACCACCUUUAAAUGGAAAUAAUAAUAUAAAUAAUACUCCAAAUAAAGAUAUAAAUAAAUCGCCCUCAACUGGCUUAAGAAAAUCAAAUAAUAGCACUCCAACUGUACAAUUAAAAUCAAGUGUUGAAAAAACCCCAACAAAAACUCCAUCUGUAUAUAAUAGUAAUAAUAUUAGUAAUAGUAAUAUUUCAAAUAGUUCAUCAAGUAGUUUCACUAAAUCACCAUCACCCAAAAAUUUAAAACAUAAUAGUAAUAGUAGCAGUAAUACAACAGGGGCAUUAAAAACAAGUGGAGGUAUGAAGAAACAUUCACCAAAACCAAAAUCAAAAGAACCAAGAGAAUCAUUAUCUGAAAAUCUCCAAAAUAUUUACAGAAAUGAUUGCACAAUCCAAUUACCAUUUUUAACAUUAAAUAAUAUAACAACAGAUUAUCUUGUUAGUACAGAAUAUAAAUAUAAUGAUUUUAAAUUAGCAUUAAGUGAUUUAUGUGCUGAUCAAAAUAUAAUAUCUUCAUCAAAAUUAUCAUUCAGUCCAUUUAUGGGUAAUUUAAUUAAAUCUCUUAGUUAUCAUAAAGAUAUUCAAGAAAACGAAUUAAUGACACCAAAAGAAUCAAUCCAAAAUACUAAAACUGUAAAUGAAAUAAGUUCAACUGUCAAAACUAUAUUUAGACUUUAA